CUCCCUCCAAAAACCCUCAAAAACAUUUUUCGCUCUUUCAAUGGCGAACUUCGAUGCUCCUUCGUUCUCUCUCGGGCUUGAUUUCGACGCCGAUUCGGAGCCCCAGUUACCGGCCGAGGACCAUCUCGAACCUAUCUUAGCUCCGAAUCCUUCUGCAAGCUUCAACAUUAUCGAAGAAAAUGCUGAUGAGUUCGAGUCUGAACAAGUUAUGGAUUCGGAUCCGGAUACUCGACCCGACCCACCUCGCGUCUUAAAGCGGCUACGUCGGGCCGCUGAUGAAUCUUCGGCAGCGAAGAAAGAAUCAGAAAAGACGUUGGUUUGGGAUAAUGGGGACGAUGACAUUGAAGAGUUCUCUUCAUCCCAGGAAAAAAAUGCAGAUGUUGAUUCAUCAACACAGUAUCAUUCUAUAUGUAGCAGUUCCAAGAUCCCAUUGAAGAAACUUGGGCUUGUAACCACUCAAUCUUCCAGCCAAUCGAGUUCAAGGAAAGCGGGACAAGCAUCAGUUGCCUCUGCUUCUGCAAGUUUAGAGGCCAGCCAUGAUGGGUUGACAUUUCCAAAGUUAACCAUCAGUCCUCUUCGAAGAUUCCAAUUACUUGACUCUGACUCUGAUGAUGAUCCCUCUGACUGUGACUUUACUGGCAAAGGAGCUUGUAAAAGCGAUCCACUGUCUAAGGAACAACAAUCUACAGCCAGUGACAGAAAGAGAAAGAGAUCAUUUGGUACACCUCAAAAUGAGGAUUUAUGGAAAGAUAUCUCUCUAAUGAAUAGUUCUUGUGUUCAAACACCUGCAUUCGAUGAGGUAUGCAAAGAGUAUUUUCAAUCUUUGAACCACAAGAGUGCUUCUCAGAAACUCGGGAGCCGAAAGGCAGACUUAUCUUCACAGGAACUUGGGAGCCAAAAGACGGAGCAGCUUCAGGAUUUGGAUGACCCCUUGCCUCCAGCACAUCGCUACUUUUUCCAUGCUGAUCCAAGGAUCCAAAACUUAGUCCGUAGUCGGUUACCCUUCUUCUCCCCCUUGAGCAUGGCUGACAAUGGAGGACAUCAACAACCUACUGUCUCAAUUAUGGAUUUUAAGAAUCAAUUCAACAAAGGAGAAUCAUCUAAACAGAGAGGAUCUCGAAAAGGCAGUGGCAAGAAUUGCUCAACAAGUAGAAGCAGCAAAUCAAAGAAACCAAAUGCUGAAAAUGGUGCUUUCGAAGGAUGGGUAAAUCCAAAAACCAGUGCAGCUGUUCCGAAGAAUGCUGGGAAGAGAAGAGUUCAUGCUAGCGGUCAACCUGCUGGCCACUGGUAUACAUCUCCAGAGGGGAGGAAGGUUUACAUUACCAGGACUGGACAGGAAUUGUCAGGUCACAAGGCCUAUAGGCAUUAUCGGAAGGAGAGUGGAGGUGACUUUAGGAAGUCAAAAAAGAAAAGCAAAGUGAAGAAGAAGAAAGGAUGAAGAAGGCUAUUGUGUUUAGUUUAGUCCACUUUGUGCUGUAAAUUUUGUAACAUACAUUUUUCAAUGGUGUGUUUUUACUUUGCUUUCUUUCAAUAACAUGGUGAUGCAAUUUUAAAUUU